AAAGGACUUUGAAGCCUUGAAGUUCUCACUAAGUGCACACAGUGAAGGAGAAUGAAACUCUAGCUAUGGCGAUCUCUCUAAGGCGUGCUUUCUCAGCAAGGAACUUUCUUUUCUUCCGAAGCUCAAUCCACUGUGGAAAUCUCUCAUACUCGCACUAUCGGAGUUUAUGCAACCCUGUACGAGAGAAUUCAAUAUUUGGCCCUCACGAAGAUUGCAGUGUAAUUGGGCUUGAUUUUCUGAGAGAAAGUCGAAGAUGGUUUGCCAAAGGAAGAAAGUCGAGGAAUGAUGAUGAUGAUGAUGGAGAUACAGUUGGAGUUGUGCCGGAUAUCCGGCCUACUGUUAAAGCAGCUGCUCAGUCACAGAUGGAGGCAGCAAUGGAUGCCUUAUCACGAGAUCUGAGCAAAUUAAGGACAGGAAGGGCAUCAGCAGGAAUGCUCGACCAUAUUAUUGUGGAAACGGGUGGUGUAAAGAUGCCCUUGAGUCAUCUAGCCGUUGUUUCUGUCAUAGAUUCAAAAACUCUCUCCGUAACACCUUAUGAUCCAAAUGCCCUAAAAGAGUUGGAACAUGCCAUUGUUUCAUCUCCUUUAGGUUUAAAUCCAAUGGUGGAAAGCCAAAGACUGGUUGCUGCUAUCCCACCAUUGACUAAGGAACACAUGCAGGCAAUGUGUAAGGUGGUCACCAAAUCUGCUGAAGAGGUGAAGCAAAGCAUAAGAAGAGCACGUCAAAAGGCAUUGGAUUCAAUAAAGAAAGCAGGGUCAAGUAUCCCCAAGGACGAUGCAAAGAGAUUUGAGAAAGAAGUCGACGAGAUCACAAAGAAGUUUGUCAAAUCAGCAGAGGAGAUGUGCAAAGCAAAGGAGAAAGAGAUCACUACAGGUUAAAUAGCAAGUGAUUGCCAUUUCAUAAACUCAAUGACCUCUGACCAAUCUGACUCUUCUAUCUUGUUGAAAGCACCUCUCUUUAGAAAGAGUUCAGUUGGUUUGGAAUCAAGAAGUACAUGAUUUUUUGUGAAUUAUUUUCUGAAUUCUUUUAAGAGUUUGGGCAUUUCAAAACAAGGGGAAAGCUGGAUGAAGCUUUGAACGUUGGGAGCUUCAAAGGGUAAAGUUCCAACAUCAAUGGAAAAUGCCUCACCUCCAUCUUUGAUGGGAUUUUGAAUUAAUCUUAUGAUAAAGCUCUCGUAGAAGUACACAGUAUGCAGAUUUUUAUAUUUUUUUUAAGUCAGAAUCCAUUUGUAACGAUGAUCUAUAUUAUCGACAGUAUUUGCGCACCUAUUCAGUAAGUUU